GAGCGCGGAUGAGCUCGAUAAGGGGGGGCGCAGCUGCGGCGGAGCGCGCGGACGCCGACUGGGCGUCCACUGCCUCCGCUCCCCGCCUUCUUUCCUCGGCUCCCCGCUCCUUCCCGCAGCCGCCCGAGACCUCCCGGGGAGACUCAGGUGGUGAGUACUUACUCUGCUGGGAAGUAGAAGAGUACUUCUAGCGUAAAAAGAAAAAUAUGCCUCCCAAGUUCAAGCGCCACCUAAACGAUGAUGAUGUCACUGGUUCUGUGAAAAGUGAAAGGAGAAAUCUUUUGGAAGAUGAUUCAGAUGAAGAAGAGGACUUUUUUCUAAGGGGACCAUCUGGACCAAGAUUUGGACCUAGAAAUGACAAAAUUAAGCAUGUUCAGAAUCAGGUGGAUGAAGUUAUUGAUGUCAUGCAAGAAAAUAUUACAAAGGUAAUUGAAAGAGGGGAGAGACUAGAUGAACUACAGGACAAAUCAGAAAGCUUAUCGGAUAACGCAACUGCUUUUAUCGAAAAAAGUCAGGAUUAAUAUUAAUAUCUUUCUUAUGCUUUUUGUGUGUUGUAGAUAAAAGCCAUCAUGGCGUUGGUUGUUGUCAUCCUUUUGUUGGUGAUCAUCAUACUUACAGUUGUGAAAUACCGCACUUGAUUUGAUGAGAGAGAUCUUCAUUAAACAAAAUCUGGGACAAUAAUAAUAAUAAUAAUAAAAGAUUGCUGCAUAAUUUAAAUGAAACCCAUGUAUAUAACUUUCAAAACUUCUUUUCCAAGAAACUGAGAGGCAAGUAUCACUUCAAACUGGAGCAUUGAGAAUGUCCAUUAUCUUUUUCCCCUUCUAGCAAAAUGAAAAUGUGCUUUUAAUAAUUAUGUUCAAGGCCAAGACAGCCAGCCUGUUUUGCCACAUUCCAAGGAUCUGAUUUGAAACUAGAUAUUUGCUCAUUCACUAUGUGUGUCUGUAGUUCAACACUGAUACGAGACUUCCGACUGCUUCUUCAGUGGCUUAAGGACUUGGACUCUGGCAUUAAGGUGGGGGGUCAGGAAGCCUAUGUAGCUGUUCCAUCAACAUUCGGAAGAUUCUUCUCACAUUACAGUUGCUUUGCAAGCAAUUUCCACGUUUAUGGGUGUAACAAAAGCUAAGUGUUGUAAAUGCUGCUGCCUUCAGCUGUAACUAAAAACAUUCCAGUAAAUCUAUUUUUGACUGUAUACGAGAAUGUGUAGUAAUUUCUUGGUAUUUGAAUUAUGGAAAUGGGAAUUUUAAAUGGUGUGAAAAUAAUAGUAAUAUGGUGCCAUAAAACUGGAGAUAAUAAAAGUAUUGGAGAA